AUGCCUUUUAACAAUAGUGUUUUGCUGUCGAUUAUCAAAAUCUUGACUCUUCAGUCUUUAUUAGUACUCUCUGCUUCACAAGAUUUCGAUUUCUUCUACUUUGUCCAACAGUGGCCGGGAUCGUAUUGUGACACAAAACAAGGUUGUUGCUACCCGAAAUCAGGAAAGCCGGCAGCAGAUUUCGGGAUUCAUGGACUUUGGCCUAAUCGAAACGAUGGUUCCUAUCCCUCCAACUGUGACCCUAGCAACCCUUUUGAUGCAUCCAAGAUUUCGGACCUUACUAGACAAAUGCAGUCGGAUUGGCCAACGUUAUCAUGCCCAAGCAACGACGGGUUAACAUUUUGGGGUCGCGAGUGGGACAAGCAUGGCACGUGCUCAGAAUCUGUACUUGACCAACACGACUAUUUCUCAACCGCUCUUAACCUUAAAACCGAAAUAGAUCUUCUUAAAGCUCUCCAAAGCGCAGGGAUUGAACCAAACGGGUCAAGUUACAGUUUGAGUAGCAUUAAGGACGCAAUCAAAGGGUCAAGUGGGUACACUCCAUGGAUCGAGUGCAACAAUGAUUCGUCCAGUAAUAGUCAGUUGUACCAAAUCUAUCUGUGUGUCGACUCAACGGCUUCAGGCUAUAUUGAAUGUCCUGUCUUUCCAAAUGGAAGUUGUGGUUCCUCAAUCGAGUUUCCUUCGUUCUGAGUUGAUUGUUUGGAUAUAUGCCCAUUU